ACAUCAAAUUUCUUCGUCCCUAUUGAAUUACCCGCCCUCCGCCAAGAGUUGGUCAGUGAAUGUGAAAGUAGCAGUCUGUUGAGAUUCAACAGGAAGAUUUUCAACUUGAUACAGGUCAACAUGAGAAAUGUGAACGUGGAUGUGUCAUUUUGAUAUGUAGUGCAUUGAAGUACUGUGGCGUUUAGUGCUGCUCAUUACACAUCUACAUCGUGCUGGGAAGCACAGUAAAUUGCCAAACAUUGUCAGGGGAAUUCUGCUGUUAAGAAGAGUUUGAUGGAUGACUUCACUGGAGAAGAGUUGAUCCAGGCAGCCAUUUUUAAUGAUGCAGCUUUUUUAAAAUGUCUAUUGGAGGGAGAAUGUGCCAGGUUUAUCAAUUUUCAAGACCGUCGAGGAAGAACGGCAGUUUAUACUUCGGUGUCCAACAACAGCAGUAGAUGUCUGCGAAUUCUGUUGGAGCACGGAGCCGACCCAAAUAUAGCAGCAGGAGAAACCUUCAACUGUAUGACCCCGCUCCAUUGUGCCAUUAUUGACCUGAAGCUUGACAUCUUUAAGCUGCUGCUGUCUUAUGGGGCAGAUUUCACCAGACUGGAUGGGACCGGGCUUACCCCUAUAGCUCUGGCAGAGAACAUGGAGCUGGAUGAAUAUGUAGAGGAAAUGGAAGAGGAACAAGAAAAAAGAGAAAAAGUGUUUGAUUCAGUUUUGAAAGCAUUUGCAGAGGCUUGCAAUGCUGAGGAUGUUUCCAGAAUGACUACUAUCUUAGAGAGUAACUCCUCACCAACAAUCCAUGUAAAACUAGUCAGCUGUGCUGUAACUGAGGAUGGAUUAACUCCCCUUUGCUGGGCUUGUAAAUGUGGUAAUGUCUCCAUGCUAAAGCUACUUCUUCAACAUGAGGCCUCCACUAUCUCCUGUACUUCCCAGGAAACAGCUGCCAUCCAUAUUGCUUGUCAUUUUGAACACAGUGACUGUGUUCAACUUCUUCUCCAGCACUGUCCAGACAUUGUCCAGAGAAAGAUGGCCAAUGAAAAUCUAGCUCUACAUGUGGCAAUAGAAACAGAGAACCAGUCAUUAGUCCGACUACUGCUGUAUCAGGAAUACCCAGAAUAUGCAUUGGAGGACUUUAAGGAUGAAUCCAAACAGGUCACUUACAAGCUUCCAUUUGAUGUGAAUGCUAAAGAUGCAGUAGGAAGGAGCCCACUAUUUCUGGCUGCUGAGAAGAACAAUGCUGAAAUUGUCCGAUGUCUGCUGGAUUUCUGUGUCCAGUGUGAGAGGAAGCAGAAGAGGACAUAUGAAGGUCGAAGCAGACAGAAAAGUGAUGUGAGCUUUGAACCUGAGUUAAGAAUGGAACAGUUUGGAAGUGGUUCAAAAAGUUUGCUUUCAUCUUCCAAUAUGUAUCAUCCUGUGGACAUUAAUCUUCAAGGUCGCAAUGGUUUCACACCUUUACAUAUUGCUGUUAGUAGCAGUUACUAUGAGAUUACAGACAUACUGCUGAAACACAAGGCUGAUGUGAACAUCCAGGCGAAUGACAGUGGAAAGCUGAUAUCCACCCUCAUGAUGGCUUGUAAGAGAGGAGACAGCAUUAUAUUAGACAAACUGUUUAAGUACGGGGCAGACGAUUUAGAUAAACAGGUGUUUAAUUAUGCUGUAGAGAAGAGACCAAGGAUGGUGUUCACCCUUCUUAAAUACAGAACCUGUAAAGAUGUGGAGAAUGAGUAUAAAAUCAACAAAAUGGAUAUGAGAUUGCUAUACAGGCAAAUGUCUGAGCAGGAGGACAAUUAUGAUGGCCUGGACUCCCUAAAAUUAGAUUUCAAGAAAAAGUUUCCAGUGAAUUCUGUCCACAUCAAAUGGCAGGAUCUGCAACACAUUGAGACAGUGAAGGAAGAUGCAUUAAUUGACAUCAGUUGUCACCACAACCCAGAGCUGCAGAUGACAUCACUCAAUAACCCUUUCGCACUGUUUGCAAUCACCAAAAUUGACAUAUCUCGAAAUAAAAUUGGAUCCAUGUUUCCAUCAGUAUUCUUCAAGCUCCCCUCUCUCCAUUACUUAAAUUUGUCCAAAAACCAAAUCAAAAAUUUCCCUGAUGUCACAGACAUGGACAACUUAUUUGUCUGUUUAGAGGAAUUGCUGCUGGAUGGAAACAAGAUUGAGGAGUUGCCAGACUACCUAUUCGCUGUGUGUACGUUAAGAUAUCUUUCAGUGUCACAAAAUAAUCUGACAGAUAUACCCUCAGAUAUAUGGGACAUGCAAUGUCUAGCUUAUUUAAACCUGUCUCACAAUCAGAUUGCCUCACUACCAGAGCCUCGCCCAAAGCAUUCUCGUCCGCCCUCUCAAGGAAAUCCAGCCCUGCAUCCAAGUAGUUACAUUUAUGAAGAAGAUUCCAUUCCAUCAAUGCUCUCUCUCCCCAAGACAGAUGUGGAAGAAAUCGAGGUGAAACAUGCUCUGUCUUGGAUGUCAGGAAAAGUGGUUGUGAUGGAUAGUGAAUUUGACAGUAGCUCGGGUCCCAGGAAUCGGGGACUGCAAGACCUUAAUCUUUCAAAAAAUAAAUUGACAGAAAUUCCCUUCUGGCUGUGUUGUACGUCCCCGUAUAUGGAGAAUUUGAAUUUGUCUGGAAACCAAAUCACGUCCGUUGGGAGAUUAUUUCAGCUUCCACAGCAUCUGAAAACGUUAGAUCUCAGUGGAAAUAAUUUCCUCGACACGUUACCGUGGCAGUCUUUGGAGGAUAACGACGGACUGUGUUACAGCACCAGAAGUGUCCGUCCCACCAGCUCCCCGCAUACCUUAAAUUCGUACACCAGCUUCGUACAGCUGAUGACCUGUGGACACCGGCAACACAGGAUUCUGGAGCGUCUGGACACUCUGAACCUCGGGAGCAACCGGAGGCUGGUAAAAGUAGUCAUCACAAAGUCAGCACACAACAGAGAGGCCAGGGCUAGUACCGACAGCUUUAGCUCGCUGAGUUCUAGUAUGGAUGAGGAGAAGCUGCAACUGCUGUUUCCAAAUCUAACCAGCCUGGACCUCAGCUUCAACAGCUCUCUGUCAGAGAUACCCUCAGAGAUUGGCAACCUCAGUGCACUAAAACGACUGUCUCUCUCCUUCACAGGAAUCAAAGAGCUGCCUCCAAACAUCGGUAAGCUGAAGAGUCUGUUUACGUUGGAGCUGGAGAGGUGUAAUCUGGAGGGACCCAUCCAUGACAUAAUGCACGGAUCUCACAAACGCACCAAAGACAUACUGGGAUUCCUGCUCUCCAUCCUAGAGGAGGCAGAGGAUUACAACUGCAUGAAUCUUAUGUUUGUUGGAGUGCAUAACAUUGGAAAGACAAUGCUGCUAAGAGAAAUAAGAAAACAUAGCAAAACUACUCAAAAAAUUACUCAUUUCAGCCAGAGGAUUGACCAGGCAGCCACAGGAAUACGACAUGAUGGCGGGACUCUUUCCACUGUUGGCAUUGACAUCAACGAAAUUGUUGUUGGAGAAAAGUGGUCAAAAGGACCAGUGACAUUCCGUACCUGGGAUUUUGGUGGUCAGAAAGAAUACUAUGCCACACACCAGUAUUUCCUGUCUCCAAGGUCCCUCUACUUGGUUAUGUGGAAGUUGACAGAUGGAGAACAAGGCAUCCAGACAAUAUGGCAGUGGUUAGUCAGCAUACAGGCUAGAGCCCCAGGAUCCCCUGUGAUAAUAAUAGGAACACACAGGGACAUUCUGACCAAUAGAAGAACUCGUAACAAUUUUCCUCCAUCAUUUGAGGAGGACAUGAAGCAGAUCAUUCAAAGACAGUUCAUCAAGGUAGAGGAGCCAGAUAAAUGUGGAUUGCCAAUUGUGAUUGGUGACAUCAAUGUCAGUUGUAAAACUGGAGAAAACAUCAAAGAACUGGUGCAAUUCAUCUACAGCAGAGUCUUCCAGCUCAGGCAUCCAAGGAGGAACAAGGAAAAAUUACUUCAGCAUAAAAUACCAAAAAAGUACUUAAUACUGAAGGAUAUCGUGCAAGAGCUGGCAGAGGAGAGGAUCCGAGAGAAGAAAGACCCUGUGCUUGACAAGUCCUCGUACAUGUUGAAGACAAUGAAUAAGAUGAUGGAAAGGUCAGGCACCCUGUUCAGAGAUCCAGAGGAUGUGGAACAGGCUACAAGAUUUCUACAUGAAAAUGGUAUCCUUUUUCACUAUGAGGACCUUACAUUAAAGGACCGUUACUUUCUGAACCCCCAGUGGCUCUGUGAUCAGCUAGCCAGGGUUGUUACUGUGGAUCAAGUCAACAACUUCGCUCAGAACGGCGUGAUGAAGGCCACCAAUCUUCAUGUCCUAUUUAAGCAAUCCUCCUUUCAGCCAGAGAACAUUGAACAAUACAUCAGUGGGCUUUUGGCCAAAUUUGAGCUUGCUCUUGAGUAUGACCAGCAACAUCUUUUGAUCCCUUCCCUGUUACCAAGGGAACAAGACAUGCACAACUGCAUUAAGACAAAUGAGGAUGUGAAGAUUCCGUUACAGUCACUUGAUAACACGAUCAGAAGACCUCACUCGGGGUCAUUCGGCAGUGGCAGUCCGAGCUCUUCUACUCACCAGCGACCGGGUUCAUUGGGUUUUUUGAACAGCCAUCCCACUAGCAAUGUCAUAUUCUCCCACAGUAGACUGUAUGUAAUGACCUAUUUUCCAAGUGGAUUUUGGCCUCGGCUAAUCACCAGGAUUCUUGCAGACACAACCAUGUAUGAGGUUGUGAGAGAACUUUUUCCUAUUCCCAGUGACAUCUUAGAUGCUUGCCCUUAUCUUAAAUUCAAAGAGCCUUUCUGGCAGCCAUGGCAAACAGGAGUACAGUUAUUGUACCAUUCAACAGUUUUAUUUCGUAUUAAAGAGGUGUUGCCAGGGUUGACAGGGUUUUGUGAUUAUCAGAGGACAGACUUGAAGUGCUGGAUAGAAAACCGCUGGGCCCCCAUUGACAUGCAGAACAGUGUUAUUCUAGAGAUGGGAUUUUCCUGUGAUUCGAUAGAGUUCACAUUGGCUGACAGAGGUGCUUCUCAACAUGGGAUGUGUGCAAUAACAAGAAAGGAACAGGUCUUUCUGGAUGAAAGAGCAAGUGCCAAGUUCCUAGUGAAGAUUUCAGAGCAUGUCGAUAACCUGCUACAGGAUUGGUAUCCAGAGAUUGGAGAGUCGCGAUUUGUGCAGAACUGUUAUGGAAGAUACCUAAUCACCAGGGUCAUACCCUGCCCUCAUUGUUUGUAUGAAGUUGUGAAGAAAGAGAGAAAGCAUGACACUACCUUGUACUGGCAAUAUGUUGACCAAAAUCUGGAUGUCACAUCAACUGUCUCCCUGUCUGAUAUACAAAUAGAUGAAUCAACUCACAGUGACAGGAAGAGGAACAACAGCAUGUUUUGUUUCCUUGUGGAGAAGUGUAUACUGAAUUGUUUGAAUGACCACAAUGAGAUUUGUCCCAGCCAUGGCAGUAUGUCUCCCAGGUUCAUGAUGAAUGUAGAAGGGGUAUCCAGGACUCUUUAUAUUGCCCCCGACAUUGUAUUCAAUGACCUUGACACCAGCAUUCUGAUUGGUGCAGCUGAUAAUCUUACUCUGAUGAAGCUGAUUGGUAAAGGAGCCUUUGGAGAAGUUUAUCAGGGAAAACUAAGACGGGUUGAUGAACCUGUGGAAGAUGUAGCAGUUAAAAUGUUAUGUGGCCCCUUCAAAGAUGUUGCACUACAGACUAAGGGUCAGACAGACCUUCACUUGGAGAAUGCUACAUCAGCCUACCUGACGGCCAGACAAGAGAUAUCUAUCCUGCAAACAAUACAACAUGACCACAUUGUCCCCCUCCUGGGUCUGGCGAUGAGACCGCUAGCUCUGGUUCUUAGUUUGGCACCACUGGGAAGUCUGGGAAACAAGCUCCUUCAGAUUGGAAAAGACAGUAGACGACUCAGUGUGUAUGCCAUUAAACAGAUUGUGCUGCAGGUUAUCAGUGCCCUGUCUUACUUACACAGUAGAUAUAUCAUAUAUCGUGACCUGAAAGCGGACAACGUACUGGUGUGGCAGAUGAAUGGUUUUGAUUUCUCGGAGGACAGCCUCGACCCAAUUCAUAUCAAGCUUGCUGACUAUGGAGUCAGCAGAACUACACAGUCCUCUGGAACUAAGGGGUUUGGUGGAACACCGCCAUUCAUUGCUCCAGAAAUACUGCAGUAUGCAGGAAAAGCUCAGUAUACGGAGAAGGUUGACAUAUUUUCUUUUGGAAUGUUUAUGUACGAGCUGUUGACCUGUAAGAAGCCCCUGGAAGACAUGACCAAUCCAACGCUCUUCAUUUGUCAAAGUGGACGCCCUUCAAUUUCGAGAAGAGAGUUGAAUUACCCAUCUCACUUUUUGGAUGUGAUGGCAGUGUCUUGGUCACAUGACCCAGCAGAAAGACCAUCAGCUGAGCGAAUAAAGCAGAUCGUUCAGUGUCCGCAGUUUUGUCACCUAGCUGAUGCCAUAUCCAUGGAUACCAGUAUCAACAUUUUGUCAGCAUGCUGUGUUUCAGUUGAAAAGGAAGUGGACAGUGAAGAGGAGGAAGUUUUUGAUGACCAGGAGUUUUUGCCCAGCAGUACCAUGAAAGAGAUUUGGCUCAGCACAGCACCAACCAAUAAUAAUUCAAGAAUAGAAAUAUACAGCUUUGACAGGUUCUUCAGGUCUACUAUAAAUAAGACAAUCUCAUUGCAAGGCAAGGAAAUUUAUGGACUGGUGCCUUUGGAUGAUCAUGUUGUCGGUGUGGACACACAUGCUAAAGUUCACAUAUACAGUGUUGCCUCAACCAAGGAACUUCUGGUCAUCAGCUCUGGCAUAGAUUUCAAUGUCCGGUUCCUGACAAAUCACAUUCUGCAAACAGAAAGCAACAAGAUGGUGACAUUUGUAUUGGUAUCUGUUAGAGGUGGAAUCCUUCUCAUACUAGAAGUGGACCCUGUAAAUAAGACAGUGAAGACACGACAGGAUGUUAUCGCAGGGAAAUGCCUCUGUGGCUGCCUGGUGCCUAACAUUCAGGGAGGACUGGAAAUCUGGUGUGGUCAAACAGAAGGCAGGAUUCUUGUACGGGAUUAUCAUGAUCUCAAGAAAGAUGGAGAAAUUUUGGAGCAUUUUAAAAUUGUCAACAUCAAUCGUAGUUGUCAGUUUAUAGAAUCUGCUGCUGUCGGAGAUCAACAAUAUGCCUGGUCAUACAACUACCCAGGUACCAAUGUGAAUCGUUGGAAUGUUGAAACCAGAAAAGUAGAAGCUGACCUGAACUGUGCUGACUUUGUUCCCAUCACGGAGAGUGGGUCUUUUAGUGCCUACUUCAACAACCAUGAGGCUCGCAAGUAUCAGGUGACAGCCAUGAAAGUGUCCAACAAGUACCUGUACAUCGGCACCACGUCAGGCUGCAUCAUCGUGGCAGACGCAGUGGAACUGAAGCCCUUCACGGUGUUCUGUUGUCACAGCAGUGAAGAUUUCUACGUCAGGACAAUCAUCCCCAUGCAAGAAAAGGCUCCCUAUGAUUCUCCGUACCUGAAACAGUUCAAACUUCAGGGAAUUGUGACAGUGGGCAAAGGGUAUAGGGAUGUCAUCUUGCAGUCGCAGACAGAGGCAGAUCCAAGUUUUAUCAAGACUAUUGCUAACAGACCAUCUGACUCGCCCAGGAAAUCAGUAAAAAACCCUACAUACAUUCUGUCGUGGUAUGCAAAAAACUGGGAGUUUUAUUAAUUCUCAUGAUAUAUAACCAUGGGAAUGUCAUCCACGAUUAUAGUAUCUAUGACCUAAAUUUUCUAGUUAGUGAAGCACUUUAUAUUAGCAGUAUGACAAUAGUUUAAUCAAAGUGUUAGCUUGAUGAUUGUUUACUCGGAAAUCCUAUCCUAACAGAUUCAUUCCCAGUACUGCUUGUUUUGUUGUUGAUGGCAUAAAUGUCAGUUAUUGUUGUACAUGUAUUUGUGAAAUAAAAUGAUGUGAACAGAAUUUGCUGAUGCUCUAGUCUUAACCCU